AUGCCAGACCACAAACCCCCCUCCGCGCCCCGAAUAGCCAUCUCGUUUGGCAAGAACUCGUCGUCCUCAUCCUCGUCCAAACCCAGCCGACCACCGCCGCCCUCUCGUCUAGGCAAACGGUCUCGCGCCCCGGCUCUAGGCAACGACUCAGACUCGGACUCGGACGACGGGCGCGCCCACCGCCACGAAGCGAUCUCCGAGCUGGGCGGCAACUCGGACGCCGACAGGUCGUCCCGCAAGAAGCCCCGCGACCUGGUCAUCACGAAACAGUCGAACCGCGACUGGAAGGCCGAGCUCCGCGCCAAGCGCGGCGGCAAGAACCUCCUGCCCGCCGAGGCGCAGGCCGCGCAGGCUGGGGCCGGCAAGGACACGGAGCCGGCGGACGCGCAGAAGGACAUCAAGUGGGGUCUCACGGUGACGAAGCCGCGACAGCAGCAGGCCGAGGACGAGGAGGAGGGUGCGAGGACCGGCGAUGCCGGGCGUGACGACGGCAGGGAACGUCGACGGUCUGCGUCGCCGGCGGCCGAGGCCGUGAAACCGCAGACGGCGGACGAGGCGGCCCUCGACGCGCUGCUGGGGAAGAAGCGCGCGUCCGAGGAGAGGACGAUUCGGCCGUCAGAGGACAGCGCCUACAAGGAUGACGUGGCGCAGCAUGUUGGGGCCGACGCGACGAUGGAGGACUACGACGCCAUACCGGAUGGGGAGUUCGGGGCGGCGCUGCUGAGGGGCAUGGGGUGGGAUGGGAAGAUGCGGGGGCCCAAGCCGUCGAGGGCGGCCGCGGGGGAGAGGCGGCAGAACCAACUCGGACUAGGAGCGAAGAAGCUGCAGGACGCCGAGGACCUGGGGCAGUGGAACCACGGCGGUGCGAAGAAGCGCGAUGGCCGGCCUCCUAAGCUUGCCGAUUACCGGAGAGAGGAGGAGAGGAAGAAGGCCGAGAGGAGGGACAGGAGAGAAGGCGGUUAUCGGGAGAGAGACCGAUACGAGGACGCGGCGAGAGACCGCGAGCGGGACCGCGAUCGAGGGCGUGACAGGGACUUUGAUCGCGACCGAGGUAGUCAUCGCGAGAGAGACAGGGAGCGGGAUUCAGGGAGGCACCGUGGUGAAUCGAGGAGGUACUAG